AAAAAAAAAGAGGAACGCUGAUUCAUUUCAGCUGCUAAUCUGCCAUCGCCACUCAUUUCACUAACACUCUACUCUAUCCAGUCACCAAUGAACAAAACCCUAACACUCAAAUCCAAAUUCUAACAAACAACAAUGGAUAACCACGACGAUCCUCGAAACGGCACCGUUCAGCCAGACUCAAAGAAACCAAAACUUACCCACCCCAUUUCCUCACACGAACUUCUUCACGAAUUCUCCCACCACCAAACCGCCGUCGCACGUAUCAACAACGGCAGCUUCGGCAGCUGUCCCCGCUCCAUCCUCACCGCCCAAACCACCUGGCAGCUUCGCUUCCUUCAACAACCCGACGAUUUCUUCUUCAACACCCUCCGUAACGGAAUUCUCGAUUCUCGCAAAAUCAUCAAAAACCUAAUCAAUGCUGACGACGUUGAAGAAAUUUCGUUAAUCGAUAAUGCUACCACCGCUGCCGCUAUCGUUCUUCAACAAAUCGGCCAUCACUUCUCCUCCGGUAAGUUCUGCCGAAAUGACACUGUUAUAAUUUUCCAUUGCGCUUAUCAAGCUGUUAAGAAAUCAAUUGAAGCUUAUGUUAUACCCGUUGGUGGCUCUGUUAUUGAGGUUGAAUUACCUUUUCCGGUUAAUUCCAACGAGGAAAUUAUCGCGGAAUUUAAGAAAGGGAUUGAACGAGGGAAAAUUAACGGUGGUAGAGUUAGGUUAGCGAUAAUCGAUCACAUUACGUCGAUGCCUUCGGUUGUUAUUCCGGUUAGGGAAUUGAUUCGGGUUUGUAGAGAGAAUGAAGUGGAUCAGGUUUUUGUUGAUGGUGCUCAUGCUUUAGGAAGUAUGGAGGUUGAUGUUAAAGAAAUUGGUGCUGAUUUUUAUGUUAGUAAUUUGUAUAAAUGGUUUUUUUCGCCACCUUCGGUUGCGUUUAUGUAUUGUAAUAAGAAUAAGAAAUUGAAUGAUGUUCAUCAUCCAGUGGUGGCGCAUGAGUAUGGUAAUGGUUUGCCUGCUGAAAGUGCUUGGGUUGGGAUGAGAGAUUAUAGUCCUCAGCUUGUGGUGCCUUCGAUUAUGGAGUUUGUGAAUCGGUUUGAAGGUGGAAUUGAAGGGAUUAUGAAGAGGAACCAUAAUAUGGUUGUGAAAAUGGGGGUUAUGUUGAAGGAAGCGUGGGGUACGAAUCUUGGGUCGCCGCCUGAAAUGUGUGCAAGUAUGAUUAUGAUUGGCUUGCCUUCGAAGAUUCGGGUGAUGAGUGAUGAUGAUGCUUUGAGAUUAAGGUUUUAUCUUAGGGUUUAUCAUGCUAUAGAAGUUCCUGUGUAUUAUCAGGCUUUGGGAAAUGGUGAAAGGGAUGCUAGAGAUAAAGACGGGUUUAUAACUGGUUAUGUGAGGAUUUCUCAUCAGGUGUAUAACAUUGUUGAUGAUUAUAAUAGGCUUAAGACUGCAAUUAUUCAGCUUUUGCAAGAUGGAAAAAUUUGCAGUGAACUUCCUAAAGAGUGACUAAAUAAUCAGAGAGAAAAAUGAGGUAUAGAAUCUAUAGAUCUUCUCCACUUCUGACUUGUUUUUUGGUUUUAAAGAUAGCUUUAGAUUUGGCAGUACGUUUUAUGAGCAUGCCCAUUUUUGUUGUUCUGUAAUCUGUAUUAUCAUCUUAUUUUUGUAAAACAAAAUAAGUGUAACCCGAAUUUCUCGGUAAAGCUUACAAAUGAAGUAUUUGUAUUAUUUAUUAUUCAUA